GGUCCUAAUGAAAGACUCUGAGGAUGGACUACAGCAGCGAGAUACUCUUGGUCCCUUGUGGAAAAGAGAAAUACAUUUCAAAAAAUGAGUUGCUGCUACAUUUGAAGACAUAUAACUUGUACUAUGAAGGUCAGAAUUUGCAGCUACGGCACAGAGAGGAAGACGGGGAAUUCAUAGUGGAAGGCUUAUUGAACAUCUCCUGGGGGUUACGCCGGCCAAUCCGCUUGCAGAUGCAGGAUGACAACCAACGCAUCCGUCCCCCACCAUCCUCCUCCUCCUGGCACUCUGGCUGCAAUCUGGGGGAACAUGGGUCUGUGAUAAAACCCAGUACCUUGCCGGACAUCCAAGUAACCGAUGCUGAGCCCUCGACCGAUGGUGACGAAACAGACGGUGCAGUUGAUGCCAAAGACCUUAAGGCCCAGCAGGAGGAUGCACCUCAGCUGAUGCGCACACGAAGCGAUGUUGGAGUGCGCCGCAGGGGGACCCUCCGCACCCCAAACGAACAGCGCCGGCUCAAGCGCCACCGUUUCUCCAUCAACGGCCACUUCUACAAUCAUAAAACAUCGGUGUUCACACCCGCCUAUGGCUCCAUCACGAAUGUACGAAUAAACAGUACAGUGACAACACCACAAGUUCUGAAAUUGCUGCUCAACAAGUUUAAGAUUGAAAACUCUGCAGAGGAAUUUGCCCUGUACAUCGUCCACACAAGUGGAGAAAAACAAAAGCUAAAAGCCACCGAUUACCCACUGAUUGCGCGGAUUCUUCAGGGCCCGUGUGAACAGAUUUCUAAGGUUUUUUUGAUGGAGAAGGACCAAGUAGAAGAAGUCACCUAUGACGUUGCUCAAUAUAUCAAAUUUGAAAUGCCUGUCCUGAAAAGCUUCAUUCAGAAACUCAAAGAAGAAGAAGAUCGAGAAGUGAAGAAACUGAGACGCAAGUAUUCGGUUCUGCGUGUAAUGAUUGAGCAACGAUUAGAAGAGAUCGCGGAAGGCCCAGCCACAAUGUAAAGCCUCCUCCUUGAA